AGUCUUACUAAACUAGUAGUAGGAGUCGAGUGGUGUUCGUUAGAUUUCAAAACAAAUGGCUUGGGCUCUUCUCUCUCCUCCUCCUCCUCUCAACCUCCCAACCUCCUCUUCAUCAACCACUUACCCUACCAUCAACACCGCCGCCACCAACGGCGGCGGAUGCUGGAGGAGGAAAAGAGCAACUAGCCUAGUCAUUGCCAAAGCUAGUAAUUCGGAGAAAGGCGACGCGAAAAGCGAAGACACGACCCCGGAGUUCAAUCCUUUCGGCUUCGUCACCGACAAUCCCUCGAGCCGUAGCGCCAUUCAGCUUCCCGAGAGCCCCGCUGAGGACGGCAACGUCGGCCAGAUGCUCUAUAGGAUAGAAGGCAAAGGAAAGGAUUUCGGCUCUUACAUUAAAUCUGGGGGGUUUAGAUGGUUUGUGAGAGAAACAGGUUCACAGGAGAGCCACCGUGGAACCAUUAUUUUCCUUCAUGGAGCUCCAACACAAUCUUACAGCUAUCGAGUUGUUAUGUCUGAGAUGGCAGAUGCUGGAUUCCACUGCUUUGCACCUGAUUGGAUAGGCUUUGGUUUCACUGACAAGCCACAGCCAGGAUACGGGUUUGACUACACUGAAAAGGAGUUCCAUGCAGAAUUUGAUAAACUACUAGAAGCCCUGGAGGUCAAAUCGCCUUUCUUCCUGGUAGUUCAGGGAUUUCUUGUAGGUUCUUAUGGGUUAACAUGGGCAUUGAAAAAUCCUAGCAAAAUAGCGAAGCUUGCAAUAUUUAACAGUCCAUUGACAGUUUCAUCUCCAAUUCCCGGACUGUUUCAACAGCUCAGAAUUCCUCUCUAUGGUGAAUUUACAUGCCAGAAUGCAAUUAUUGCUGAGCGCUUUAUUGAAGCAGGUAGCCCUUACGUCCUGAAGGUGGAAAAGGCCGAUGUGUAUCGCUUGCCGUACUUGUCAAGCGGGGGACCAGGAUUUGCUCUGCUUGAAGCUGCAAGAAAAGCCAACUUCAGAGGUCUCUCAAGCCAAAUAGCAGCUGGUUUUGGAUCUGGAAGCUGGGAUAAGCCGAUAUUAGUUGCAUGGGGAAUAGCUGACAAGCAUUUGCCUCAGUCAGUGGCAGAAGAGUUUCAGAAAGGAAACCCUUCUAAUGUCAAGCUCAAGCUUAUAGAAGGUGCCGGCCACAUGCCACAAGAGGAUUGGCCUGAGAAAGUUGUGGAGGCUUUGAGAGUGUUUUUCUAGUUUCAACAUUCAACGGGUACGUCGCCCAUGUACAUUCAAAGUUGAUCUUGUGCAAGUAUUAUCUUUUGGUUGGAAGGUACGGCAUGCUUUCUUCA